AUGUUUAUUACCAAUGCCGGCAAACCUCCAGUGACAGAUUUGGAGACAAGGGCUUCCAGUUUACAAUCUGCUGUUCGUUUUGCGAAGCGGUGGAGCUUGUCCAGUAUGAUAUUUGCCUCCGCCACCCUCAUCAGCUGCCCCAGACUCAUUGGAUAUGUUAAGCAAUCCGGAUUGGCAUGUGGCUCAUACAGACUCCAAAACAACAUUCCAGAGAAUGCAAAAGCGCAAGCAGCUGCUGGCAUUAACAUAUUAAUGGCCGAUAGAGUUGGACUGAUCUCUGGAGCUCUGAGUAACAGUGGCUAUCUCUAA